CUGGAUCAGAUAUUGAAACGACCAGGUAUAUAAAUUGCUGGCAGUAAAUAGCUGCACCAGGCCCGAUUAACCUCAGUGCAAUUUUCAACAUGACAGGAACUACACUUAAUCGGCAACCUUUGUCCACUGUCUACAGAAUCAUGAGACCCACGUUUGUCUGGGAACACAUUAUGACAGAAAAAAAAUCUUUCCCUUUCCCUUUCUCUUUCUCUUUCUCCCCUCCUCCCUCACCUCAUGAGCCUUGGAAGUCGCGUCCAACAACGCGUGGUCUCUGGCAGAGGUUGUACGGCGUUGACCACCUCAUCUUUCGGCUGUCAGAACAAUGCCUCCUUCUGAGAGCUCUGACUCGCAGGGUGAAGAGGAGCCUAAGUUUGAGAAGGGCGACAUUUGUUGUUUGAGAUCGAACACUUCGAUUAUUGGGAUAGCAACUAUAAUACACAGCGAACCUUCAGCCAGAAGAAGUUCGUAUGAUGCAGAAUCGGAUUUGAUCCUGCACUGUACAGAAGUCCCCGGAGAAGUUAUGGAAGAGUUCUGGGAGACGUUCGUCCCUCCUAAAGGUUAUGUUUACGUGAAGUUUUGUGCUUUGACGUCCCCCGCCUCUAUCAUCCAUGAAGAUGACCUAGAGCUUGUCGGUCGGUCCUUCGAAAUCAGCCAGACUGUCAAGCGGCACCCGGAGGACUCGAUGAGUGGGAUCUGCAUCAGCGUCAAGGCAACAUGCACGCUUGAGCCUGUCGCGUUUCAGGAGUACAACCGGGACCUUGACAAAUAUGGCCCAGUCAAAUUCACUGAGCAGCCCAUCACCAAUCGCCCUCGAGACUCUAGUCGUGCGGCACCUCCCCUGCUGCAUGAUGUCCCUAUGUCAGAACUCAGAAAUUUCCAAGACUUUAAAGCACAGGACUGGGUUAUCUAUGAAGAUAAGCUCGGCUGCAUCCAAUCUGUUGAAUACGGCAUAGUCUUGCUUAUGGACGAUGGCUCCAUUGCGACGUAUGAUGCUACCCGUUUGAAGAUGCAACAGCGUAUCGAUGACGAGCAAAUCUACUUCUUUCCUCCUGAUAUGAAUAAUCCUAUCGAAUCCAAGGACCAUACUCUUUUUAACUAUGCGAUUAGUGUUGGAUUUCCUGGGCACUACCUCAGCGUCACAAACGACCAUCUCUAUACUGAAAGGAGUCUGAAAUUGAGUUCCCGUAACUUUCCCAAGGGGCAUGUCAUCGGCUCCAUUCCCCAGCUAUUUCGCGUGGUCUGGAUUUGUUCAAACGUGUUUUCCAUUAAUGAACCACCAAUUGAAGCGACAACCGAGGAAAUAAUCGAAAGCUGUGAUUUCCUUGAAAAGGCUGUGAAAUUUGAUUUGGGACAACUGCCUUCGGCAACCAUCGACAGAAGCACUGUCCAUACGGAUAGUAAACUGAAACUUGGUGAUAUGGUGGUCUUUAGAGAGCCUGAUUCUGCCAAGAAGAACCAACCUCAGUUUCGCAGCAUUCCAACUGAGUUGGUCGGUGGGCAUGAUCUCAAUGUCUUUAAAAUUACCUCGAUCAACACACAAGUCACUGUCCGUUGGCAAGAUCUCAGCGUCACCACUGAGAAUGGCGCUGACCUCUACAUUUGUGAUAUCUUCGAGAAGUAUGAAAACGACGUCGAAAACACCUGGCCUGGUGACCUCGUCGUCUGGCUGGAUUCUAUCUACAAUUUCCAAGAUCUCGAUCGCCAAAGCAUGAUACCGUUAUCUUUUCACUUUGGUCUUCCCCAUGAUAUGUACAACAAAGACAGGCUCGUCAUAUGCAAGGUCGGCAUAGUCCAACAGGUCAACAAACGGGGGAAGACUGCAUUUGUUCGCUGGUAUCGCGACCCUGAUCUUCAGCUGAUGCAGGGUGGUGAUUUGCUGAACCAAUUGUCUGUGUUAGGUCCUCUGGAAGCAGAAGCUAAUGAGGUGCCAAUGCAUGAAUUGGGCCGGUUUCCCGCCCUCGACCGACCACUUGGUUCGUUUGUGCUGCUCGCGCCAGAGAAAAUCCACGAGUCUGUGAUCACUCGAGCAAAGGCUUCUAAAUGCUUCAGAGGCGCGGGCUUCACUUCUUUGACCUACAUUAGCCCUAUCCAUCUCACAGAGUUGACGGUUUAUCUGGAAUGCAUCCAAAGGGUACUCGUGCGGAAACCUUCAUUCAUCAACAGCACUGAUGUAAACCGAUGCCUCCUACCUUCUAGCCACGAUAAUCAUCACGACAGCAAGCCAGUCAGAUCUUGCACCGAUUUUGUUGGCCAAAUUGUCUCGUCUGAUCUAGAUGGUGUUGUGACUGUUCGAAUCCUGGACCUAUCAGGAUACCGAGAUAUUACCGUGCCAUUUGAUCGGAUUCUCAUGUGGAUUAGUAUAACAAUAAACGAGAUAGACUCCGAUUACACGACCGUUGAAAAUUGGACCUGGAAUGACCUACAUGCCUCUCGCCCGUCUUUCCCGCCUAUUCUUCCAAAUUUAGAUUCAUCGAGUUCCUCGGAAUAUCCUUCUCAGUCCGGGGACGAAAUUCAGGUCGACUCGGAGAACGAAUCCACGCGUCGUGCCUUGGAUUCACAGCUUGACCCUGAAGAUUCGUAUCAGUCUGAGGAUCAAAUGGAGGAAGACUCGGAGGACGGAACCGUAGAUAGCGCUUCGGAUUCACUGCGUGACUCCGAUUAUUCCUAUCAGUCCGAUGAUGAAAUGGAGGACGAAUCGGACAAUGAAAUUGCCCACGGCGCGUCGGAUUCACUGAUCGACACUGAAGGAUCUGAUCAGUCCGAAUACAGAAUGGAAUAUGAAUGCGAGGCUGAAAUUGUACAUGGCACUGGCUCACAUGAACCAGUUGCCGGGGCACUGUCGAUUGCAGGAAUCGGCAGUCAGGCUGGAGAGUUGCACGCUCCAAGCACUCCCCAGGAAGUCCCAGCUCCCCCGAGCUUUGAAGUGUUGGACGGGUUGCCCCCCGCAGACCACCAUUUUCUCCCGUCGCCUGCUUCCAAAAAGGGUAAGAUCAUGAAACGAAUCUCACAGGAAUACGCCAUCCUCGAGACUUCAUUGCCGUCCGGGAUUUAUGUCCGAACUUGGGAAUCACGAAUGGAUCUAAUGCGAGUCCUGAUCAUCGGCCCCGAGGGGACCCCCUAUGCAUUGAGCCCGUUUAUCUUCGAUUUUCAUAUGAAUUCCAAGUUCCCUGAUGGUCCUCCCGCAGCAUUCUUCCAUUCGUGGACAAACGAGGCCGGCAAAGUGAACCCAAAUCUUUCUGAAGACGGUGAGAUCUGUCUUAGCAUUCUGGGCACCUGGACGGCUGUGCAUGAAUCAGAAGACUGGUCUGCAAAGAAUUCCACUAUCUUGCAAAUCCUAGUCUCCAUCCUGGCUCUCGUUCUUGUCCGCACUCCCUACUAUAACGAGGCCGGGUAUGAUGCCCUUCAGUAUCAAGGAAUUGGUCUUAUGGAGUCAGCGCAAUACAGCGAGAGGGCAUUUAUUUUGUCCCGUUCUUUCAUGGAACACGCUCUUAAGAAGUCCGUCGCCGGGUUGGAUGAUGUUUUGGACUGGAUUUACCUCCCGGGCGAUGGGGUAGAUCGCCCUCACCUGAUCCAUAAGGCCAGGGAACUGGUCGAGUCCAUGAUUGAACAUCACUGCAAUACUGUGAAUGUGACGGGUUUGAACACCGCACCGGCGUCGGAUUUCAUUCAUCGCCUGACGAGUGGAGCAGUCUCGAUACUCCGCGGACAUCUGACUGCGCUGGCAAAAAUCGAAUCUGCUGCUAAACCUGGCUCGAAGAAAAAAUAGUUGUUUUGUCCUGAUAGGUCUUCCUGACUCCUUGCCACGAAAUUGCCUGUACCUAGGAUGUUUAUUAUCAUCAGAUAGUUAAUGGAAGAAACCUUUCUUAGCGAUG